AUGCCUUGCUCCGAUCGCGGAAAUUCCUUUCCCCGUCCGCGGAUAUCCCUUGCCCCAAUCGCGGAAAGGUACCCCCUUCUGUUCUUCCUCUCUCCCCGCCUCCUCGCAACAAUCCCUGGCAUCCCCACUCCCACACUUCCGUCCGCCCUCCCUCCCGCUCUGUAUCCCCUUUCUUCCGCCUCUCCCCCAUCCUUCCCCCCUUCCGCUGUGCUGUGCGCGUGCGCGUGCGCGUGCUGUGCUGUCAGCACGUGGCAGACAUGUCAGCUCAGAAGUGCACGUGUGUUCACUUCACUGCCCCUCUCGCCUUUCCUAUUCCUCCCUCUUCCCCUCCCUCCCCCGCUGCCGUGCGUGCAGGGCCCAUGGUGUACGCGGCUGCAUACAGUGCUGCCAGCAGCAGGUCGACUCAAAGGCCCCUCCACUCCCCUCCCCCCUCUUCCCCUCUUUACUUCCUCUGUGCUGGGCGUGCAGGGCCCAUGGUGUAUGCGGUUGCUUACUGCGCUGCCAGCAGCAAGCAGCGAGUGGCAAGGAUGGGCUUUGCUGAGGCCCAGCGGGAGCAGCUGUUUCAGGGCUAUCGGGGGUAAUGGAGUAUACACUCCUACUGCACACACCACUGCUGCUGAUGGUGCUGAACCCCCCUCUCCCCCAUGCCUCUCCCCCACUCUGCCUCGCUCCCACCUCCCCCCGUUUCCCCCUCUUCCACGCUCAGACUCCAAGACCCUGACAGAGGCCAGGCGGGAGCAGCUGUUUCGAGCCAUGGGGGGCCCGGCACACCCCGCGGCACCUAGUGGGGGUGGUGAUGGGGAUGGAAAGGGUGGGAGUGGGCUUGAUGGGAAUGGGAAAGGUGGGGAUGGCAACUCUGCAGAAGUUGGGAGUGGGGCCAGCAGUGACGGUGGAGGAGAACAGGCAGGCAGCGCAGCAGCGGCAGCGGCAGGGGUAGCAGCAGCAGAGGAGGCGACUGUGAUCGGGUGGGAGGUUGACGUCAUCAGUGCUGCUGCGCUCUCUGCCCAAAUGCUCUCCAAGGAGCGCACGAGUCUGAACGCGAUCGCCUUUGAGUCGACGGCAAAGCUCAUUCAGCGCGUGCUGGACCAAGGAGUCAACAUCAUGGAGGCCUACGUGGAUACUCUAGGCGACCCACAGACGCACCACGAGCACCUGCAGCAGCGCUUCCCCCGGAUGCGGGCAUACGUGGAUACGCUGGGCGACCCUCAGAAGCACCAGGAGCGCCUGGAGAAACACUUUCCCCGCGUGAAGUUCAUCGUGGCAAAGAAGGCUGACAGCCUGUUCCCCAUCGUCAGCGCUGCUAGCAUUGCCGCUAAGAAGGCAGACAGCCUCUUCCCCAUCGUCAGCGCUGCUAGCAUUGUCGUUAAGGUGAGGGCAGGCAGGUGCUUGCAUCCCUCCUCCAUACCGCUUGCAUCCCUCCUCCAUACCGCUUGCAUCCCUCCUCCAUACCGCUUGCAUCCCUCCUCCAUACCGCUUGCAUCCCUCCUCCAUGGUGCUUGCAUCCCUCCUCCAUACCGCUUGCAUCCCUCCUCCAUACCGCUUGCAUCCCUCCUCCAUACCGCUUGCAUCCCUCCUCCAUACCGCUUGCAUCCCUCCUCCAUACCAUACUCGAACCAUCUCAUAAGACAGCCUCCGGCAGCCUGUUCCCCAUCAUCAGCGCUGCAAGCAUCGCUGCUAAGGCGAGGGCCGGCCUCUCUCUAUCCCUUCUUCUUGCCCAUCCUUUGUCCUCCACUUCUCUCUUUCUCAUCAAACCCCCCUUCCCCCCUUCACCUCAUCCUUGGCCUUCCGCUUCUCCCCUUUCCAACCCCUCCCUCCCCCUAUUUCCCCCCAGACCCCGCCACCAAGGAGAAGGGGGACCUGGUCUUUGGCUUCCCCUCCCUCGUGCGCUUCAGCUACCCCGCCACCAAGGCGUGGCUGGCGGGCAGUGUGGACCCGGUCUUUGGCUUCCCCUCCCUCGUGCGCUUCAGCUGGGCCACUGCCAAAACCAUCAUGGACGCCUCUUGCGUGCCUGUGCACUGGGAGGCGGAUGAAGCUGAGGAGGAGGGGCAGGCGUGGGCGGUCAAGCAGUCGAGCCCCGCAGCUUCUGUCCCUGGCUCUGCUCCUUCCAAGCGCAAACGGAAGAAUGUGCGUAUUGAGUCUGUCGCGCAGAAACGGCACUCGUUCUUCCGGGCUCGCAAACUGCAGCUUGUCACAACCAGCUUGUAG